CAGCCAAUGGCAGACAUGCGGAGAUUCACCCCUAUGUCUUCAGUGCGUAACAAGGAACACAAAUCGAAUGCGAGAGCAGACACACGUGCGGUCCCGUAUUGCAGGUGUCCGAGGCACCAUUACCAACCGACGUGGCGAGCCUGUGGCGGGUGCGCUGCUUGCUAUCAACAACAGGACGGUAGGGUUCCGCAGCAACCAAUUCGGCGAGUUCUGGAGGAUGCUACUUCCUGGUUUCUAUAUGCUCCUGGUGAGCGCCGACGGAUACCUGCCGGCUGCCCUAGACUUUCAUGUCAACAGCGGCCAUGUCACAACACUAGAAGUCAAACUCUACACCGGCUACAAAUAUGAAGGUUGAGAAUGGAAAGAUUCACUUUUAGGUCACAGCACAAGAAACUGCAAUUUUCUUUUUCUGGUUACAUACUUUUAUUGUGCCACGCUAAUAUAUAUUGCUUCGUGCUGCUCUUC